GUGGACCGUGGAGCUGUAGGGGAUGAUAUGAGACAGAGCGGGCUGGAGAUAGGCUUCACUGAUGUGGCAGCUUGGCUUCAGAGUGGCUGAACACAAGUUGGACUGCAGCAGAGGCUUUCUUACAAGAUCUAAACACAUUCUGCCUUCAAACAUCCAAUGGAGAGUUCAAGGAACUUUUAAAAUAAUCACUUUCCUGACAAAGGCAGGGGACGCAAGAAGGACAAAACCCUACAACGAUGGUAUUUUGCAUUGUGCCACAUUCUUAAGGAGCUUUUUGUAUUCAGCAGGUUAAUGAUGGACGUCCCCUCAGCUCCUAAGAUUAUUGUGGACAAGGCUAGUGCGCUGGAGGAACCAGAAUGCGGGGAAGACAUGGAUUUGCCUUCAGAUGACCAUCUCAUGAACUUGAAGGCCUUGGCGGACAAACUGAGACUGGAGACCAGGAGACCUUCUUACCUGGAGUGGAAAGCCAGGCUGGAAGCAGAAAGCUUCAGAGAGUCAGGAAGUGGAAAAGACUCAAUCCAAGUGGAGCCUGAGGGGAAAGAGACUGUGGUGAAGUCUGUUGUGGUUCAGUGCAAGAGGCAAUCUGGUGUUCUGAAGGGAUUCGGGAACAUCGAUGAAGCUCUCAGUUGGCUGAGGAGAGAACUGACAGACAUGCGCUUGCAGGACCAGCAGCUGGCGAGGCAGCUCAUGCGGCUCCGCAACGACAUCAACAAAUUGAAGAUAGAGCAAACGUGCCACCUGCAUCGCCGGAUGCUCAAUGACGCCACCUUUGGCCUCGAGGAGCGGGACGAGCUGUCGGACCUGCUGUGUGAAUGUCCGGUCACCCCGGGGCUCGGACUCUCUGCCCCGCUGAGACUCAUCGGCGUCACCAAGAUGAACAUUAACUCUCGACGCUUCUCGCUCUGCUAGAGGCAGGGUCGCCAAUUCAGGCGGAAAACCCUGAAAACAAAACAGCCUGUUUAAUACUAUCUUUGCUCCAGUGCAACAUGAAAGUUUGUCGCGGAAUCCUUUUGACCACACUGCUGUGAGGAUGAUGUUUUACAGCCCCUAUAAUUAAAGAGAGAGAGAUUUAGAUAAUGUAUAUUAUUUAGAAAGAAGAAUUUGAGUUUAGUAGGUACAUAUAUAGUAUGUUUGCCACUAGACUAUACAUGGCAGCUAUAUAAAGAAACCUCUCAGUCUUAAAACCACAGCAGAUUUUAGAGCUUUAGGCCAGCGUGACUUGAAACAGAAUGCUUUCCAUUUUUAAACUGCAGUAAAGCAAUCUUAAGCUUAUUCCUGUCCACUUUUUAAGCCUUAUCAGUUAUACUGUUACCAGUUAUAUUUCCAUAUACUUUAGUUGUUAGCUGGAACUUUUGUGUUUUCCAUCUAUAAGCCAAGAUUUAUCAAGCACAGAUUAAAUAUGUAAAUCUGCACACAGGCCUCUUUGUAUUAUGCUUUCAGUGGCAGUCGAGAAUAUUUUUCUUUCCAUCUCCUGCAAAUAAAUCUAAUAUGUUUUGUGCUUUUAAAAAAGAUGCCUUAUGGUUACAAAUGGUACACUAUACUAUAACAAGUCCAUUUGAGUUAGCAAGUAGUUGUAUCAAUUUAGAAAGCAUUGCUUUUUGUAGAUUAUGAUGAAAAUUAUUUGCUCUUUAUAAUGAUUGUCCAGUUGCACUAGUUGGUGACCUCACAAUGGUUUCAAGUCCUUCGCUGAGGUUUGCUUAUUAUAAGUAAAGAUGUAUUCAGCCCUUGGUCGGAGCUUUGCCCAUUUUAUGCUCUAAUUGUUGAGUUCUAGACACGAAGCAACCUUUUGAGACGACAUUGUUUGUCUGAAACAAAAACAUGGUUUAGUUUCAUGCAUAAACAUUGAAUUAUAACUCAUCAAGAUCUCUGUGUGUACUGAAUGACAUGAUUAUGUGGAUCUUGUUAUGAUGGCAGUUAUUAUGGGAUAUAUCAUUGAAGGUAAUCUUUUCUGACUCUUUUUCUUUGUGGGGGUUUGCAUAUGAAAUUUGAGUCCCAAUGAGCAGAGCACGCAACAGGAAAAGGUGUUUCAAGGUGUGAGAUGCCCCUCCCUGUGGCCCAGAUAUACUAUAACCGUCUCAACAAAGAGCACACACACCACAUCUAAUUUGAAACAACAUCUGAUUUGCAGCUUAAAGUUACAAUAACCACGGAAAUAACAAGGUUAACAUUUGUGUCUACACAGCUCAGACUGCCACAACAUUAUAUAAUUAGCUUUUCUCUAGUAUGUCAACUUGAUCUUGUAAACCUAUAAUGGACUGAAACAUACCUUAAAACUGGUUUGGUAAAAUGUGAUACCUUAGUAUGUUUACACAAAUGUACUGGAAAUAAACAAUUCAUAAAGAAGUCAGAUGCGUCACUUUUUCAGCCUUUAAUUUGCUGUCAUCACAACAAAGCUCACUCAAUGGACUCUUGUGGUAAGACUUGUCACAAGAAGGGAGUCUUUCAUCACAACACUGUGUAUUAAAGUGCUCACUGAACCAGGGAGAGAUGAUGAGACAUAUGCAAUAAAGAAGAUUAGAUACACUGAACCAGCAAUCUUUGUGCACGAACGUCACUGUGAGCUAUUUAAGCACAUGGAGUUACUCUUGAGCCUUCUGGAGGUCUUUUGGCUCACUCAUAAAAUGAUUCAUUAAUAUUAUUUACCUCUUUUAAGUUAUAUCUGUUUACCAACUUCACUUCUGAUCAUCACUACCAAUUAUCCAUUUAUUUUCACAUUGUUAAUUUUCUAAAUGCCAAUUUGUUUACAUAAUGCCACUGCUGU